CUUCCUCUUCCACGAUAAAAAUAAACACCAAAUCCAUAACCCUCUCUUCAAGCGACGGCAAAUCCCAAGUUCUCAACCCUCUCCUGCGGCAACCGACGACAACUGAUGACAACCAGCGGCAACCCACUACCUCUCCCCUUCUAUUUCAUCCUACUCGUUCAGAAUCUCAGUUCAGAAUCUCGGUCUCAAACUUCUUAAAAGAGAAAGAGCUGCGACUGCUGUGCUGGGCGAACUGCCUAAAGGGCGAAGACCUUAAUGUUCAGCCUUUUGAUUUUGAUGAAAGGUACGUAGUGGAAGACUCCGUGGAAGGCUCCGCACGGUUUCGAUCUCGAAGAAAAAGAAUUGGUUAUGGCUAUUCAAAGAGUUGAAGUUUUCUAUAAACAAAAACAGUUCUAUUUCUACCCAGCCUGGGCCUAUCUAUGCUAUUCCAGCUUAAUCAAGAUCCCACUUUCCCUCGGCGAAUCCUUAGUUUGGACUUCUCUUACUCACUACGUCAUUGGCUUCACCCCUCAACCUAUCAGUUUAUUACUUACACCACUUGCCAAUCGCAGAUGGAUGGAUUUCAAGGAGUUGAAGAUAACAAUUAGUGAAAUUUUGAUCAGUUUGGAGUUAUCCCAAGAGUGUUGUGGUUCUUGGAGGAGGUUUAUUGAAAUAGGACUUGAAGGAGAUGCCAAUUCUGACGGUGAAGAAGAUGAAAUGGAGGACACUGAUGAUGUAGAAGUGGAACAUCUACACAUUUCAGAUUACCAAGGUUUUGCACUAAUAUUCGAUUGAUUUACUAUAGCGAUGAAGCUACCAAGCAAGUGAUUGAUGUUUGAUUCUGUUGAAAUUUUUUGUCCUAAAACUCAUAGUUUGUAAAUCAUAUUCUGUUCAAUAAAGUUGUUAUUGAGAAAUUAAA